AUGGUUGGAAGCCAUGUUGUUGUUCCAAAACUUCAGUAUAAAUCAGGCCUUAAAGAGAUGAUGCAGAAAAAGGCAGAAAACUUGUAAGUGGCUUUAAUGACUUAAAAAGACUACAAAAACCUUUUUUUAGCUGGAACAUUCUUAUAAUGAUAAACAUUGCAUGGUGAGAUAAUUAAGGCACUUCUGGCAAAAGAUCAGAAAACCCUACACUCGCUCUUAUAAUUGGCCACCCACAAAUUGUAAACUUAAGGUUUUUUUGUCCCACCACCCCAAGAGAAAUAAUUUUGAUUUCUAAUUUCCUUUUUUGCUAAGUAUGCUGGAGCCAGUGAAUAUACCUAUAAUUACAUGUAACUGAUUCCCCUGGCCAACUCAAAAUCUCCUUAAAACCUUGUAGCAGUUGCAGUACUGUAUUAAUUGUUAAUCUUAUUUAUUUUGUCAGAAAGCAGCAGGGAUCCUCAGUAUAUUUGAUAGAGAUAGGUGGUUCAUCUUACACAGGGAUGUUUGGUUACUUGACUACAUUUCAAGAGAUGAUAGAACAGGUACACUGUAUGAACUAUAUGGGUUAUUUGACAUGCAUUUUGUAGGUUAAAAGAAUAUUCAGGUUAAUAAAAUCUACCCUGGUUAAAGAAUUUGGGUAGAUUUAUUUCCUUUGUCUCAUUACACUAUACAUGUAAUAUUAUUCACGAACUGAGCUUAAUAGGAGGCAAAGGAAAUUGAGUGAAGUUGGUUUAAAAAACUGAAUUUAAUUUUGUCUAUAAUACAUAUUCUAUGUAGCUAUUCAUAAAAAGAUUUUUAAGGUCCUAAGUGACUUUUCAUCUCAAUAUUAUUUAUUUUAAGCAAAUAAAACAAACUAAGGCAAUUUGAAAAGAAAAUCUACAUUUACAUUGUAGCACUGAUAUACCUGCCAACUCUCACGCCUGCGGGUUGAAAACUUCGAUCUCACGCCAGCUCACGCUUGUGGGCCAAUUUCUCACGCCUGAUUGAAAAAUGUGAGUUGUUGCCGUCUUGCUUGACACAAUUUCCAAAACUAUGUUAACUCAGACCCAUGUAAGGAACGAAAACCAUGUGUAAAAUGAAUAAAUGACAAUACCUUCCUCGCCAUCUCUGAUUUUGUGGAUAAGCGUUUUCUCGAUAACUUCGCCUUCGGCAGACUUCGGAAGACUUCGGACUUCUUCGGAAGACUUCGGACUUCUUCGGAAGACUUCGGACUUCUUCGGGAAUCUUCGGAAAAGAUCGUGUCGUCUCCAAAAAUCCCAGCACUCCCAGGAUAACAAUCUCACGCUUAUAUCUCAGAAAAAGUUGGCAGGUAUACACUGAUCAGAAUUCCCUUGACAGAAAUUUUUUUUCAGGAAGCAUCUUAAAUGUCAAAGUUUCUCUGUGGUCAACCUUGUUGCUUUGUAUGGCAUUCGGUUAUAAUUUAGUAAUGGUGACUUGAGAUGAAUUUAAGAGCAAAUUUUAAGGAUUAAUUGCAAAGCAAAUGGAGCUUUGAAAUGAAAAAAUAUCAUCUCUCAGCAGAAGGAGUUACUGUACACCACUUCAUUUAACAAUCAUGGUUGUUUAUAGUGUGCUAAAUGCUACUUCUCAUCUUUUCGGUCAAGGGUACCUGUAUUUAACAGACGCCCAAAUUAUUAAGAAGGUGCUAGUGGGGCCAGUACCAAGGGCAUCUACUUAGUAAAGUGUGCCAUGUUCUUUUAAGGGAAAUAUAAAUUAAGAGAUGAUCAUGCAAUCCAGGUCCAUAUAUUUCUUAGCCUCUCAUGCAGAUGUUCUUUGGGGUUUGUCACGCAUUCCACUAACAACGUUAGAGGGGCAGGAAUGUGUGACAAACCCCUAAGAAUGUCUGCAUGGGAGGCUAUAUAUUUUUUAGAUUUUGUUAUGUUGUUAAGUAGUUGUAAUUUGUUAGACCUUAGUAGUUUUAAUUUAUUGUUUGGAUGUUUUUCUUAUUUAUUCAGAUGUGUUGGAAGAUUAUGAUGAUAUUGUAGUUACUGUCGGCAGUGGAGGAACGGCAUCAGGAAUUGCUAUUGGCAAUUACAUGACUAGCUCAAAACUCAAGUAAGGCUCCAGUUUGCAUUUGAAUAAUAGUUAUUUAGGACCAACUAUGCAGUUGCUUGUUUAAAAGAGAUAUUUGCACUUCGCUAAAAGUGUGUUAACAAAAUUAAUGUGCUAGACUGACCAGUUCAGUUUUCUAUGGAUUGUGAUUCAUGCAGAAAAAAAAUUGCCAAUAUUCCUUUAGUUUUUCCUCUGUUUUGGAAUAAUUUAUUUUAAAGGUUGAUAUACAGGUAGCCUUCAAAGGCAAAAUUGCUUCCUGAUUCCCACCUGUUUUCACUAACAGAGUGGUUUUCCUGGCAAAGCAAAGUAAUCUACUGUAAAAGUACAAAAUGAAAACAGAUUAUAUAGAAAAAAUGACUGAAGCAAAUGUUUUAAUUUUUUUUUGGCAUAAUAGUGUAAUAAACCUUUUCUCCCUGAGGUUCCUCCUUAGACUACUUGGUAAAAAAUAAACAACGACAACAACAACAAACAAACAAAAAAAUCACUGGCCUUUAAGCAGUAGUUAAGGCACUUACUAGUCAGUCAAAAAGAAAAAAAAAAGAAGAAAAGCAAACAGAUGUAAAUCAUCCAAACUGUCCCUAUUACAAUUCAAAAGCUAUGUUUUCUUUAUUUCUUUCUGCUUAAUUUCUUCUGUUCUUUUGUUGGGAAAAGUGAAAUUUUGUAUCUUCAUGGCUCAGUCAGUAAGAUUUACAAAAUGUUGUGGAUGUUGUAGAAAGGUUAAAGAGAUUUACUGCUUCUUAAGGAAUUAUUCAUGAGUAUACGGUUGAUAGUUUUAUUGGCUGAACUUUCGCUGGAGGGGGUUACUCCCAAUAAUGGCCUAUUUGGGGAGGCUCCCCCCAAAGGGGUACCAUUUUUUAGGCUGCAGGAGGGCUUCAGGUACAUGAAAAGGUGGAAAUUUCAAGUAUACGAAAGAGUAGGGAAACCUGUGGUUUCGGUCUGUAACUAAGGCCCAAAAGAGCUGACAUACGGAUCAUAUGAUUAUUUUUAUGGCUGUGAAAUAGUUGAUAAAAUGUUAUCGUUUGGUGAUUGAUUCAUUCAAAAUUCAAAGUGAAUUUAAAACAGCUAAAAGGGAUGCAAAGUUCUAAGCUUAACAGGUAUGUGGAAGGGGUACAUGAAAGAGACACCUUUUCUCUCAAAGAUGUGGUAGUAUAAUUAUAAAUGGUUAAGGGAUUGUACCUUCGGGCAAAGCCUACAGAAUGUAGUCCCUGUAUAUAACUUGGUAAAAAAAUUGAAGCUGUGAAAAACUUUGCUUUUUUUCAACUUUCUAGAUGCCAUGCAGUUAAUGUGUCUUACAAUGCAGCUCAUUUUUAAAAUAAAAUCAAUGAAGACCUUAGAAUUGGGGGAAUUGAUGUCAAAGCAGAAGAUAUUAUAGAUAUUAUUGGUGGCUACAAAGGAGGAGGAUAUGGCGUGUCAACUCAACAUGAGCUCGGAGGGUACACUCUUGUAGGACUGGGGUAAUUGUUUAUCAAACAGAUGAUAUUAUUGGUGGAUGAAAGGAGUGUGAGGAGGUGUGUCACAACUGCUGACAGGAUUGGUUGGGAAAACAAUGAACAAACAAAGUUAACAAUGAAAGUUGCUUGCUAUAAUUUAAUUCUAUACACACAAACAAAGACUUGGAUGAGGUUCAAAAGUGGCUGAAAUCCAAUAAACUCACAUUAAAUGUCAAAAAAACAAAAUAUAUGAUAAUUGGAAGCCACUACCGACUAAGGCAUUUAAAUGGUGACUUAAACGUUACUGUUAAUAGUCAACAAUUGACUCGGGUGACUAAUUAUAGAUAUCUGGGAAUAGAGGUUGAUGAGGUAUUGGGGUGGCAAUCCCAUUUAGAUACCAUCUGUAAAAAGGUAUCUGCAGGCAUAGGGGCCUUAAAACGUAUUCGUUCCCUGGUGCCUCGCCAAACCCUACUGAAAAUGUAUGAUGCUUUAGUCGCUCCUUAUUUUGAUUAUUGCUCCGAAGUCUGGGGAUGUAUGGGAAAAGGCCUGUAUGACAGACUCCAGAGAUUGCAAAAUAGGGCUGGGAGACUUAUAACAUUUAGUGAUUAUAAUACAAGAUCUGCGGAUAUCCUCCAAGACUUGAGAUGGGAUACCCUUGAGCAAAGACGCUCUAAACAGCUCGCAAUAAGUGUUUUAAAAUCUCUAAAUAACCUUUACCCUUAGAGUUUAAAGAACAUGUUUAAACCAACCUCCAGGGUUCAUUCUUACAACGUGCGAGGUGCCUCGAACAACAUUUUUGUACAAAGGCCCCGUACUGAAGCUGCUAAGCGGGCUUUUAGCUAUAGGGGAGCAGUCAUGUGGAAUGGCCUAGAAAAUGUACUUAAAGACGAGAUACAUCUCAACUCUUUCAACUCUGCCCUGUCUUUGUCUUGAACCAGGGACUGCCUUGAGGGAGUUGAGAUAGAAUUUAUUUUAGUUAUUUAAUGUACCUUUACGGUUGAUUGAUUUUUGUGUAAUUAAUUAUACGAUAGAUUUUCUUAAUAUAUAGAUAUAUUUUAGCAUUAAUGUAGUUUCUCUGAAAAUUUUGUUAUGUAAACGGCUCACUGGAAGAGCAUUUUUAAUGAAGUGAUACCGUUAAUAGAGCUUGAUUGAUUGAUUGAUUGAUUGAUUGAUUGAGACUCUACCUAGCAACUUCCAAAACUUCCCCCACUACCCCCAACUCUUCUUAUACAGUGUAGGUUGACCACUGAAUUUAAUUCGAAAACGUGUGUAAUCGUCCUGGCUUCUUCAAUUCACAUGACAUACAAUACAAUACAACUGCUUCCAGCUAAGUCUUUAAAGUUGGUAACAUUGCACAAUCUAUGACGUCAGAGGGUAAUAUUACCGAAAUCACUGCAGGGAAGGGGGAAUACAUGCUGAGAAUUGACGGAGUCAUCAUUAAAAUAGCAAUUGGUUGAGUCUUUUGGUGUGACUCGACAAGUGGUGUUCUUUGGUUUUAUUUUGACUUAUUUUACUUUGUUAUCAAAUUGGCCAUUUGCACUAAAAGGCAUGUGACAUCGUUUUUAUGAAAAUGAAAGUUACACGAUUUUGCCUUCGAAAAACGAUUAGUGGGUCAUAUCUUAAACAAAAUAAUACUCAUUUGGUUUUUCAAACCCGCACCAUUUUCUUAAAAUGAAUAAGUUCGUAAAUGGUCACGUGACCAAAAUGUGAUUUUUUUUAAAUUAUGAAUUACCUCUCUCUGAACACAAAUUUUGCACUUAAACUUCAAGGAAAAUGUUGAAAAGAUGAUGUGAUAACGUUUACAGCACAUCUGAGCGUAACUAUGAAACGCGGAACAAGAUAUUAGCAAGAAAUAGUUUUGGCAGCCAUGUUGGAGGGCAAAAGCAUGCCCUCCAACAUGGCGGCCAAUACAAAUCAUACUACUUUGCUGAAAAAUCAAAGUGCCAUAAAAUAUCUCCCUUAAGUGCGUUUCCUCUCAAAUUUCGGGUGUAAGAUAAUUUUUGUGUGCUCUAGCAAUUUUUGGCAUCAGCAAGAUUCCAACUCAUUGUUUAAAGGAAGCAUUGGUCACGUGACCUCUUAGUGCAAGUAGCCUAUUGCAGAGAACAUUCAGAUUUCGAGAACAACUGGAAUAUUGGUGGAUCCAGUAUACAAUAUAAAGGCGAUCAGAGGAAUGUUAACAGAGAUGACAAAUAAUCUUGGAAGAUUUAAAGGAAAAAGAAUACACGACAUCCAUACGGGACAAUUUUUC